GGGGCGGGGAGCCCGGCUUUUGGGGAGGUGCCGCCCCUCCACGGGUGCAGGCCGCCGAGACCCCCGGACGGACCUCCUAGGGCUAAUCUGAUAGUGCCUCUGAGGUUGAUAGGACUCCACGUGCCACUCCCUCUGCAGGGUCAUCCAGCAAGUAAGUCCUAGACUCACAGAGCCGGUUACCUCUGGUUCUGCGCCAGCGUGCCCCACCCGCAGGACGGCCGGGUUCUUUGAUUUCUACACUUUCUAAAACCAAACCCGAGAGGAAGGGCAGGCACAGGGUGGGGAUGCCCUGAAAUAUUCGAGAGCACGACCGUUCCUACUGAAGAGAAGUUUACAAGAACGCUCUGUCUGGGGCGGGCGAGGCCUCAGCGAGGCUGGUCCGGUAGCGAGGGCAGGGCGUGGGCCGCGCGCCCAGGGUUGGGGGAGUAGGGGGCAGGAAGAGGGGGAGGAGACAGGGCUGGGGAGCGCCCUGCCGAGCGCCCGCCAGGCUCCACCCGCUCCCGCGCCACCUCCCUCUCCCCACCCGCCGCACGUACUAAGGAAGGCGCACAGCCCGCCGCGCUCGCCUCGCCGCCCCGCGUCCAGCUCGCCCAGCGUCCGCCGCGCCUCGGCCAACGCUUCAACAGACCACACCAAAAUGCCGUCUCAAAUGGAGCACGCCAUGGAAACCAUGAUGUUUACAUUUCACAAAUUCGCGGGGGAUAAAGGCUACUUAACAAAGGAGGACCUGAGAGUACUCAUGGAAAAGGAGUUCCCUGGAUUUUUGGAAAAUCAAAAAGACCCUCUGGCCGUGGACAAAAUAAUGAAGGACCUGGACCAGUGCAGAGAUGGCAAAGUGGGCUUCCAGAGCUUCUUUUCCCUAAUUGCGGGCCUCACCAUUGCAUGCAAUGACUAUUUUGUAGUACACAUGAAGCAGAAGGGAAAGAAGUAGGCAGAAACGAGCAAUUCCCUCCUCCCUGAUAAGAGUUGUCCCAAAGGGUCGCUUAAGGAAUCUGCCCCACAGCUUCCCCCAUAGAAGGAUUUCAUGAGCAGAUCAGGACCCUUAGCAAAUGUAAAAAUAAAAUAUAAACUCCCAUUUGACAAGCUGAGAAAGUUAAAUACCAGAUAAGCUUUUGAUUUUUGUAUUGUUUGCAUCCCCUUGCCCUCAAUAAAUAAAGUUCUUUUUUAGUUCCGAA